AUGGAGAAGCGAAACGCUUCUCAAGACUUUCCCGCUAGCCGCCUCAACAUUGACCAGAUCUACCAUCCGGAUCCUAAUAGGAAAGGACAGGACAUCUCCAAAUUUGAUGCUCCGUUCUUCUCUAUCACGCCGGAUGAGGCGUCGUCUAUGGACCCUCAACAACGCGGUCUGCUAGAACAUACGUAUCUAGCGUUAGAAAAUGCUGGUCUCCCCAUCGAAAGAGUAACGGGGACCAAGACCUCGGUUUACGUUGGUUGCUUCACAAAGGACUGGCAGCAUAUCCAGCUCAAGGACGCCGAGCAAGCAGGAGCCACCGCUGCCCUGGGUACACAGCCGUGUAUCAAUGCCAACCGAAUAAGUUGGUUUUUCGACUUCAACGGCAACAGCUGCAAUGUGGAUACGGCGUGUUCCAGCAGUUUGGUGUGUCUUGACCUUGGAUGUGCGGGCCUUAUUACCGGUGACGCGAGCAUGAGUAUUGUGGCGGGUUGCAAUCUCGUCUUUUCGCCAGACAUGAUGCACACCCUAUGCAGGAUGAACAUGCUGUCCCCCACCAGCAAGUGCUAUAGCUUCGACCACAGGGGCAACGGCUACUCCCGCGGAGAAGGAUUCGGCGUCCUCGUCCUGAAGCGCCUCACCGACGCCCUGCGCGACGAGGCCCUCAUCCGGGACACGUACGAAAAGGCCGGGCUGAGCAUGGAGCCCACUCGUUUCUUCGAGGCCCACGGUACCGGUACCCAGGCCGGCGACCCCGUCGAGGCUUCGGCGCUCGGUGCCGCGUUUAGGCAGACGCGCACCCCCGAAGACCCCUCAUCGUGGGCGCGGGGCCUGCGUCGCGCGAGCGUCAACUCGUUUGGGUUCGGCGGGACAAAUGCGCACGUCGUGCUGGAUGACGUGUUUCACUUUUUGAAGGAGCACUUCUUGGUGGGAAAUCAUACGACGGUGGAAGACCCGCCCGAUCUAGAUGGCGAUGGAAAUGUUGUAGAGAGCCUCGUCAAUGGCGUGAAUGGCGUGAAUGGUGUAAAUGGUCACUAUUCGGCGGCUGAGAGCAACGGCUAUGAUUACCGUCGAGCAAACGGAGUCGCUGAAACCAACGGGGUUAACGGGACUAAUGGGGUGAACGGCCACCAUGGUGUCAAUGGGUACCACGCCAACGGUGCCAAUGGCGUCAAUGGCGUCAAUGGCGUUAACGGCGACAGCGGCUCCCUCACCAAUGGCUCUCGAGUUAACGGCACCAUCUCCAAUGGCACCCAUGUCAACGGUGUCAAUGGUGUCAACGGCGCCAAUGGCGUAAAUGGUACUAGUGGUACUAACGGAGUCAAUGGAACUAAUGGCGUCAACGGCCAUGGUAUCAACGGCGUCAAUGGCCACGCUAAUCCCGGCAUCAACGGCACUCACACAAAUGGUGCCGCCCUGACUAACGGCCACUCGACCAACGGGCUGGAUCAUGCCAAUGGCGUCAACUCCGAACCAGAGCAGCCACCGCAACUAAGCGGAAUGAAUGGCUUGGUGCUGCCGUCGACCAACGGCCACAAGACCAACGGCCACGGCCCCGUCGUCAACGGAUUCUCCCGCAGACGGCCCGAGGACCCUCGUCUGAUUAUGCUUUCCUCUUUUGACGAAAAGGGUACCGCCCGCCAAGCCGCCAAUUACUCUACGUUUUUCGACAAGAAAUCGUGGCAAGAGGCCGAGGGCAAGACCUACCUCGAGAAUCUGUCUCACACGCUCAACUUCCGUAGGACAUCCCUCCCGUGGAAAUCCUUUGCCGUCGUCAAAACGGCGGAUAACCUCAAGGAUAUGAAAACCCUCGUGGGCCCCGCCCAGAGGUCUUUGGCCGACCCUUCCCUAGCCAUGGUUUUCACCGGCCAGGGCGCACAAUGGGCCGGCAUGGGCCGAGAGCUCAUGGCUUACCCUAUCUUCGCCAAGCGGCUCUUGGAGGCGGAGGUGUAUCUCAAGACUCUUGGCUCGCCCUGGAACCUCCGCGAGGAGCUCUUCGACGACAGCGCCUCCUCGCUCAUCAACCGCCCGGGCCUAAGCCAGCCGCUGUGCACCGCCCUGCAGAUCGCCCUCGUCGAUCUCCUCCUCUCGCUCGGCAUCCGCCCCACCGCCGUGGUCGGCCACUCGUCGGGCGAGAUUGCCGCGGCCUACGCGUCCGGCGCCCUCUCCGCGGAAACCGCGUGGAAGGUGGCCUAUUUCCGGGGCGUCUGCGCCGAGAAGCUCGCCACGCACCCCGUCGGCACUGUAGCCGGGGCCAUGAUGGCGGUGGGCCUUUCCGAGGCCGAUGCUGUGCCGUACCUCGAACGCGUGGCCGCCCACUUUGGCACCGCUGGGCUGACGGUCGCGUGCAUCAACAGCCCCAAGAACGUGACCAUCUCGGGCGACGCGGACCAGGUCGACCAUCUUCGCGGCAUCCUCGAGGGUGAGUCCGUGUUUGCGCGGAAGCUCAAGGUCGACGUGGCGUACCACUCUCCGCACAUGGCGCAGGUCGCUGGCGAGUACCGUGAGCUUCUCGGGGAUGUGGAGUUGUGCGCGGAUCCGGGCGUCAUGAAAGCCGUCAUGAUUUCGUCCGUCACGGCCGGCAGGGCGACGCGUGCCGAGCUCGCCAGCGCCGAGUACUGGGUCGCCAACAUGGUGUCGCCCGUCAGAUUUGUCGAUGCCGUCAGCCAUCUGUUUAGCAACUCGACCAAGAAGAUCCGUAAGAAGUUGGACCUUAGCCACAAGGCGCACUUCCACAUCAACAACCUCCUUGAGGUGGGCCCCCACGCGGCCCUGCAGGGACCUAUUCGGGAUAUCCUUGCUCAACUUCCCAACGCCAAGAACAUCACCUACGCGUCCACAAUGGUGCGCAAGGUGUCUGGGAGGCAGGCUCUGCUCGAGUCCAUGGGACAGCUCCGGUCUCUCGGAUACCCCGUGGACCUCGUCCGAGCAAACUACCCGGCUGGCAAAGCGCCAUCCAACCCCGUUAUUUUGGUUGAUCUACCGGGCUAUUCGUUUGAUCAUUCGAGGUCGUACUGGCACGAAUCGCGUGUUGUCAAGUCGUACAGGACGCACCCCCAGAACAAAUGGGAUCUUUUGGGCAAGCCUGUUCCCGACUGGAAUCCUCUUGAGGCUAGGUGGCGUCAUGUCAUUCGUGUCUCGGAGAUGCCUUGGGUCGAAGACCACGUGAUCAACAAGAGCUUGGUAUACCCGGGCGCCGGGCUUCGAGCUAAAGAACUUCACCUUCAAAAGGCCCUCGACAUCCCCCAGAACUCGGAUGGUGUCGAAGUCCAGUUCACGCUACGUGCCCCUCAAACCGCCAGCGACCCGUGGUCCGCCGGUCGCCUGUGCGUCUUCGAAAACGAGGAGUGGCACGAGUGCUGCAGCGGUUACAUCCGCGUAGACUACGCGUCUACCGACAAGAACGAGAUCGACAGCGGCCGAUCGGACCGCGACGGCCUGGGCGCCGCGCAAGCCUUGCAAAAGGAGACGGAGCAAGUUUGCACAUCCUCCUUUGACCCCGCGGUGCUGUACCAGGGCCUCCACGAGAACGGGUUCGAAUUCGGCCCCUCGUUCCGCACGGUUCUGGGUGGUUUCACCGGUCCCGGGGCCUCCCACGUCAUCCACCCGACGUCCCUGGACGGCCUCAUUCACUUUUCCAUCGCGGGCGCCUCCGAGGGCGGGACCAAGGCGGUCCCCACCAUGAUCCCGACCGCCCUGCGGAAGCUCUGGGUGAGCGCCGACGGCCUGUCCGCGCCGUCCAACUCGAGCGUGAAGGCGUGCGGUUGGAUGACGGGCCAAGACAGCCGAGGGCGUGUGUACGACUGCUCCGUGUUGUCGCCUGGCCAAGACAAGGUUUUGGCGACGUACGAGGGCUUGCGGAUGACCAUCAUCUCGGAUAAUACCGACCAGGCGACUAGCAACGGUCCUAUCCGCCAAAUCUGCUACAACUUGGAACAAAUGGCAGAUCCAACCUUUGGGCCGCUUCCGCCUUUGGCUACGCCGUUGAAGGGUGGCGAUCCCUUUGCCGAUUUUAUCCGCUACAUUGACGCGAUUGGUCACAAGCGACCAGACUUAUCCAUCCUAGAGAUGGACCGCAUGACAGAGCCGUCGCAAGGCUUAGGUCUACGCAUCCUCAACGCGCUCUCGACGUCCGGAGGGACGGACACGCGAGUGCCCACGAAGCCGCGCUACGGACAAUUCACGUACAUGACCACUUCCCACUUUGCGCUGGAUGUCGCGCACAGCGUGUUCAAGGGCUUCAAAAACGUCGCGUACCACGCCAUCGAGGGCACAUAUGUCCUCCCCGACCUAGGGUUCGAGGAGGCGUCCCUUGACCUCAUCAUCACGAGCACAGACGAGCUCAUCCCCGCCGAGCUGGACGUCGUGCGUCGAUUCCUCAAGCCGUCUGGGUGGCUGGCGGUUCAGGAAGACAUCCAGAUCGGAUCCGCUGGGAUCGGACAAAUGUCCACGGCCCUCCUCGGCAUGGUGGAGGCGGGUGCCAUGAAGUCCCUGAUCGACUUCGAUACCGACACCCAGGCGGAGGGCUACGCCAAGAAGAGGAUCAUGCUCGCGCAGAACAACGUGCCUACCACGGCUAGACGAGGAAUCACGCACGUCGCACUCGUUUUGGACGUGGCCAGCGAGAGCCAGCAGGCCCUCGCCGACAGGCUCCAGUCACGCUUGGCGGAGGCCACCAAGGGCGAGGGUCUGCAAUUUACGCGCCUCUCCGUGGAAGAAGCCGCCUCGUACACGGCAGUCGAGUCCACCGUCUUCGUCGUCCUCGUCGAGCUUUCCUCGGCCUACCUAUUCGACCUGUCCGAGGCGCAGUACCCUGCUUUCCAGAAAUUCAUGGUGAACGCCAAGGAGCUCUUGUGGGUGAACCGCGGCGGCGGCGCGGAGCCCUGCCUGCCCGAGUUCGAGAUCGUCAAGGGUAUCACGAGGGUGGUGCGCAACGAGUACGACGACCACCGCAUCACGACGCUGCAGCUCGAGGCUCAGGAUGACGCGCUUUCAGACGGACAGCUGUCGAGGAUUAGCCAAGUCGUCUGCAAGAAUUAUAUUCUCGACGAAGCCAUGUUCGAGCCCGAGUUUGUCGAGAUUGGCGAGACUCUUACCGUUGGCCGCGUCAUUGAGAAUACAGAAAUCAGCAACGAGGUUCACGCCCGCUCGGUAGGCAAGAGGGCUACCCAGCUCGCCAUCAAGGACGCCCCUCCGCUCGCCCUGUCUGCCGGCACCCUGGAGAAGGCCGAGCUGCCUCGCUUCGUCGAGGACACGCGAGCCUCUGAGCCCUUGGCGGCGGGCGAGGUGGAGAUCCGCACGUGCGCCGUCGGGAUCAACCCCAGCGGCGACCUCGGCCACCUAGACGCUUCGUCUCUCAUCCUGGGCGAGUGCUCCGGCUACGUGGUGCGUUCAGGAGAGGGCAGUGGCCUGCAGGAGGGUGAUAGAGUUAUGGCGAUUGCUCCCAUCGCCACGUACACGCGGUGCCAGUCGUCGACGGUGUGCAGGAUCCCCGACACCCUGUCAUUUGAAGAAGCCGCACAGAUCCAGGAGAGCUUUGGUGCGGCGUGGCAGGUGGUGUGCGAGCUGGCGCGCUUGCGUCGGGGUGACAGCAUCUUGGUGCACGCGGCCGCCAGCGAGAUAGGCCAGGCCAUUGUGCAGGUCGCCAAGCAUCUCGAGGCCACCAUCUUCGUGACGGCGACGUCGGCGCAGCACAAGAGCCUCCUCGUGGAAGAAUAUGCCAUCCCGGAAGAUCACGUCCUCUACGGCGGAGACUCGGGCUACGUGACGAGCAUUAAGCGCAUCACCAACGGACGGGGCGUCGACGUGGUCGUCAACUCCCUCGCCGGAGAGGCCCUCGCCGCGUCCUGGGAGUGCGUGGCCCGCUACGGCCGUCUCAUCCAUCUUCGGCACGAGGAUGGCCCCGCUCACUCCGAGACCCCCAUGCUCCCCGUUCGCAACAACGCUUUCUUCGUCGGGUUCGACGUCCCGGCGUGGUACAAGGAGAGGCCCGACGAGCUUCGGCAGUCGCUGGAGCAGGUCGUGCCGCUCUUUGCGGACAAGACGUUGCGCGCGCCCCGUUUGAUGCAGACGUACGAUAUUUCCCGCGUGGAGGAUGCUUUCCGCCUUAGGCAGGACGGUAAGGCCGUCGGAAAGAUUGUCAUGUCGGUGACUCCCGAGUCCAAGGUCCCCGUCACGUUGGACAUGAAGACGACGUUUGACUUUGACCCCGAGGCUUCGUACGUGAUUGCUGGCGGGUUGGGUGGGCUGGGAAGGAGCACGGCCCGCUGGAUGAUUGGCCGAGGUGCCAAGAACCUGGUCUUGCUGUCGCGGUCGGGACCUCGCAACGAGGCAGCGCACGAGUUUGUCGCUGAGCUCACAGGGCAGGGUGUUCGUGUGGAGACGCCGGCCUGCGACGUCACGGACCUCGAGGCGUUGAGAAAGGUCUUUUACGAAGACCUCGCCAGCUUGCCGCCUGUCAAGGGCUGUAUUCAAGCCUCCACCGUGAUCAGGGAUGACCUACUUAGCAAUAUGCCCUUUGAAGGGUACAAGACCGGAACAGAGUGCAAGACUACCGGCUCCUGGAAUUUGCACCAGAUCUUCCCUGACCUCGAUUUCUUCAUCCUCUUCUCGUCUGGUUCGGGUCUUGUCGGUCUCCGUGGACAGACCAACUACAACGCCGGCAACGCGUAUCAAGAUGCCCUAGCACGGUAUCGCGUCUCACGCGGCGGUAAAGCUACUUGCAUCGACCUCGGCGCCAUGGUCGAAGACGGCGUGCUUGCUGAGAACCCCGAACUCCUCAAGCGACUUCUCGGCUACGGUACCCUCGAUCCCGUCACCAGGAAACAGUUCCUGGCCAUGCUGGACUACUUCUGCGACCCGGCGCGCGCGCUCGCAACGCCGCCGGAGAGCCAGGUCAUCAUUGGUCUCGCCACUCGGCGCGCCCACGGCCUUGAGGCGGCCGACCUCUCCCACCCCAUGUUCCUGCAAAUGCUGGACCAGGAGACGGGGCCGGAAGAAGAAGAGAGCGAAGACGACAAGACCAACUACAUUGAAAGGUUGGCCCUUUCGGCAUCCCUGGUAGAUGCCGGUAACAUCAUCGCGGAGGCCAUGGUCAAGAUGUUGUCCAAGUCCGUUUCGGCCAUGGACGGCAUCGAGGUAGACCUACAUAAGCCUCUGCACACGUACGGAGUGGACUCCAUCCUGGGCAUGGAGAUUCAGAAGUGGAUCACGAAGCAGUUCAAGGCGGAGGUGGGCGUGUUUGAGAUUCUUGGAGGCUCGACCAUCUUGGCGGUGGCCACGCUCAUCGCGGGUAGGAGCGGAAUUGCCCACCCCGCGUGGCAUUUGUAA